UGCUGGAGCAGACCAACCAGCUUCACCAGAUGAUGCCUCAUUGUUGGCAUCAUCGGCCCAGUUGAGUUCGCCGCCAGCAUCAGCACCGCCUUGGCCACCACCAGAGCCACCAUUCAUGGCGUUGUAGUCGGGGAUAGGAUCAGGAUUGACGUAUGUACUAGAGAAUCCACCACCACCAUCGCGAGGUGGGCGAGGAGCAUUGGCCUACAUCAUGUCAGCGUCCACCAACAUUCAAGCAAGGAGAUGGAUCAAGAUAGGGGAAAGACUUACCCAUUCAUCAACAACCUCCUGGAUCAUGACCUUGGCCUUGUUGAUCUGGGUCCGAGUGCCCUUGAGGGUGAUGUUGACGAGCUCACGAGCACGAGGUCUGGAUCCAUCCUCAGAUUUGGAUGGCAUCUGGAUGUCAACCACAUGAGUGGCAUCCUUGAUCUCGUGGAUCUUCGAACCCUUAGGGCCGAUAAUCUUGCCGGUAGCUCCAGAGAACACCUGCAUGACCUCCUCCAUCUCUAUGCCAGUAUCAACAACACCGUCAGCACCACCAGCACCAACACUCUUGGUAAGAUCUGUACCACGAGGGAUUUCGGACUCAACCUCAACAUGGACUUCGGUACCGUACUUGUCGAAAUCCUUAGCCAUACGCUCGCGAACGUACUUGACGAUGUAGACCCAGCGUGGAGUCCAGUAGUUUGCGUUGAUCUUAUCAACAGUCAAGGUGUACUUGUCCUUCUGCGCAUCAGAAGUCCAAGCGGCGUGGGACGAGACAACAUGAUCCGGUGCAUCAUCACUCUCAAGGUCAGUGGCAACCAACUUGACGACGGCGACACAGUCCUUGAAACCGUCGGCGACACGAACCGGAAAGUAGGCGCAGACUUCGAAGGUAUCACCCAUGUAAGUCUCACGGUGGUAGAUUUCGACGUUCUCAGCCUCCUUACCGGUAACUGGAGGGACGGUUCGGUGGAGGUUCCCUCGAAGGCGUCGGUGGAUGUAGUUCAAGACCUUGCAUCGGUUCUUGUCCGCCUGUGUUUGUGUAUGUCAGCUUUGGUUCCAAUUGAGCCCAAGUCUCGAGUUGCGCCAUGAACGUCGGAGGCUCGACUUGAGACGAAGAAGAACAGACGAAGAUGAAGAACAAUGGAUGAGGAUGAUGUCGCGAAGGUGAAGCAAACGCAUUAGGCUUUCCGUUUGUAUGGGGGAAGGUUUGUCCACACCCAAACAAACAGCCUCGACGCGUGAGUGCGGGGUGGGAAUCAA